GGCGCAUGCGUCAGUGUUCCCUCCCGCGGGUCCGUGCGAAAUGGCGGCGGCGGCAGCGGUAGUGGCUUCGCGGGGCUUGGCGAGGCGGUGGCUGCGGCCGUGGCCAGUGGCAUGCCAGGCUCUUGCCCGCAACUUACACUUCACAGCCUAUGGAAAGAAGAAUGCUUCUACAAAGGUUUCCGAUUCGAUUUCUACACAAUACCCAGUAGUGGACCAUGAAUUCGAUGCAGUUGUUGUGGGUGCAGGAGGAGCAGGUCUGCGGGCUGCGUUUGGUUUGUCAGAAGCUGGAUUUAAUACAGCAUGUAUUACAAAGCUGUUUCCCACCAGAUCUCAUACUGUUGCCGCACAGGGAGGGAUCAACGCUGCCCUAGGAAACAUGGAAGAUGAUAACUGGAGGUGGCAUUUCUAUGACACAGUGAAAGGGUCUGAUUGGCUGGGUGACCAGGAUGCCAUACACUACAUGACUGAGCAAGCCCCAGCUGCGGUGAUAGAGCUGGAAAACUAUGGGAUGCCAUUCAGCAGAACUGAAGAAGGAAAAAUAUAUCAGCGUGCAUUUGGUGGGCAGAGUCUUCAGUUUGGAAAAGGAGGACAGGCUCACAGAUGCUGCUGUGUGGCAGACAGGACAGGACAUUCACUGUUACAUACUCUGUAUGGCAGGUCUCUAAGAUAUGACACAAGCUACUUUGUUGAAUAUUUCGCCUUGGACCUACUUAUGGAAAAUGGAGAAUGUCGUGGUGUUAUUGCCCUCUGCAUAGAAGAUGGCACUAUACAUCGUUUUAGAGCGAAGAACACUGUCAUUGCCACGGGUGGGUACGGCCGCACUUACUUCAGCUGUACAUCUGCUCAUACUAGUACGGGUGAUGGCACUGCUAUGGUCACGCGAGCUGGUCUUCCUUGCCAGGACUUAGAAUUUGUACAGUUUCACCCUACAGGUAUCUAUGGAGCUGGCUGCCUUAUAACAGAAGGAUGUCGUGGAGAGGGAGGUAUUCUAAUUAACAGUCAAGGCGAAAGAUUUAUGGAGAGAUAUGCACCUGUUGCUAAGGAUCUGGCUUCCAGGGAUGUAGUGUCUCGUUCCAUGACCAUAGAAAUCCGUGAAGGAAGGGGUUGUGGCCCUGAAAAAGACCAUGUAUACCUGCAGUUGCACCAUUUGCCACCACAGCAGCUAGCAACCCGUCUCCCAGGAAUUUCAGAAACAGCUAUGAUAUUUGCUGGCGUUGAUGUCACUAAAGAGCCUAUUCCUGUUCUGCCUACUGUCCAUUAUAAUAUGGGAGGUAUUCCUACAAACUACAAGGGACAAGUGAUUACACAUGUGAAUGGUGAGGAUAAAGUGGUACCUGGUUUAUAUGCUUGUGGAGAAGCAGCCUCUGCAUCUGUCCAUGGUGCAAAUCGACUUGGAGCAAACUCACUUCUGGAUUUGGUGGUCUUUGGUCGUGCUUGUGCUCUUACUAUUGCGAACACAUCCAAGCCUGGAGAGACAGUUCCCUCUAUUAAACCAAACGCUGGUGAAGAGUCGGUUGCUAACCUUGACAAAUUAAGAUUUGCUAACGGAACCAUAAGGACUUCAGAAGUGCGACUUAACAUGCAGAAGGCAAUGCAAAGCCAUGCUGCUGUGUUUCGUACUGGUUCUGUACUCCAAGAAGGCUGUGAAAAAGUUAGCCAAAUUUAUAGUGAUCUGGCUCAUCUAAAGACAUUUGACAGAGGUAUUGUGUGGAACACUGACUUGGUGGAGACCCUUGAACUGCAAAACCUGAUGCUUUGUGCUCUACAAACCAUUUAUGGUGCUGAGGCCCGCAAGGAGUCCCGGGGUGCUCAUGCCAGAGAGGACUAUAAGUUGCGUGUAGAUGAGUUUGACUACUCUAAGCCACUCCAAGGCCAGCAGCGGAAGCCAUUUGAAGAGCACUGGAGAAAGCACACCCUUUCUUAUGUGGAUAUCCCAUCUGGGAAGGUGACCUUGAAAUACAGACCUGUGAUUGACAGAACUCUGAAUGAACAAGACUGCUCAACUGUCCCCCCUGCUAUUCGCUCAUACUAGUAACUUAAAGUUAACUGGCAGCCCUCUCCCAGAGGCGGUUAGUGUAUGUAAGCAUAGCACAAGCAAAUCAAAAUAGUAUUGUCACUAUCAAUUAAUGGAAAAUGUUGACUAAACUUGUCUCCAGCUUGUAUUCUGCUGUGGCUUACUGUACAGUUAUGAAAAUGGAAUACAGGACAGCUUAUGUUCUUUCACCCAUCUGUUAAAACUGACAGGGAAAACACAAAAUGUGUCUAAAUAAAGUGAUGAGAAGUCUUGUAUUUGUAUUUGUUUGAAUGUUAUGUAUAUAAUUACCAUGCUUUUAUUUUGGAUGUAUAGUUAUAUUUCCAUAUUUUAAGGACAAGAAAUGCAUUGCAGUAUUUUUGGACAAGAUUGAGAUGCUGAAUUUUAUGAAUGGGGACUUAAAGUCAAGCAUCAUAAUUGCUGAUGUAAGUAACAUGAAAGAAAAUGAUGCACAAGUAGUUACAACUUUGUUUUUUCCAAAGCUAAAAUUGUAAAAAUUGUCAUAAUGUUGCCCUGUUGAAGAAAACAAGAUACUUCUACUCCACUUACAUUCACCAUGAACAGAAUUUAAUCUUUAAUAGCUGAUCUCUACUCUCUCUGGAACUUCUGAAGCUGUUUUUGUGGCACGUUCUGUGUGUGUGUUUCCUAGAUUGUAUUUUCUCUCAAAGGAACCAAGAGGCACUGUUGCAGAAGACUUACAGAAGCUUAUUAAAGCUUCCCAAAUCUGAAGUAUGUUUUAGUGCCAAGAUGUAACUCGUAAGGUGUCAAUAGAGCAGUUGCUAGCAGCGUUUCUGUGAAUAACUCCCAGUUCUUGGAGGACUGAAUUGUAACUAUGCACACUCAGUUGAAUGAAGUGUUUUGUAAUUUUUGACAUUUCUCAACUGUUGAAUGUUAAUUGUUUUGGGGAAAAAAGUUAAUGUUGGAAUGGGGCUGGGGGUGGUUGGAAAAAAAGAAUAUACCAUGUUUCACUCCUGUAGUGUUUUUGUAUCUUGUGCAAGGGUGGUGAGACUGGCCUGGGAGAAGUGUAGAACAUUACCUUUGUGUAGACAAGAUGGGAAAUGGGGACUACAUCCUGACUUGGCUUAUUUUUUAUAGCAAGAGGCCUGACUAUUGUAAAGGAGAGAGGAAAUAACAUUUCAUACGUAUUGCAAUAAACCAAUGUUGUACCGUUA